AUGGUAGAAUAUGAUGAAUAUGUAGAUGUUGAUUCGAAUGAAGUUAGUUCAACUGAUAGUCAUACAUAUGAUGAUGAGGAUUCCAGCUAUUCGGUAUCUAGUGGGCAUGAUAGGUCAGAUGAUGGCGAUGAUACUGGUGACCACGAUGAUGAUGAUGAUGGUGAUGAUGAUGAUGACAAUGACCAUGAUUUUGAUGAUGAAACAUCUGUAGGUGAAAGAGCGGUACGUAUUAAUUCUAUGACUGCUAAUAAAAUUCGUGCUAUGGAUUUUGGUAGUAUUGAAGAAGCUUAUGAAUUUUAUUAUCAAUACAGUAAAUGUAAAGGUUUUUCCGUUAGGAAAAGUGAUGAUAAGAAGAAAAUAGGGCCUGAUGGUAGUAAAAUAAUAACAAACAAGCUUUUUGUAUGCACUAGACAAGGUUUAAGAGAUAAGAGACACAUAUCUAGGUUAGAUAGGAAAAGAGAGCACCAACGUUUGACACGUACGAAAUGCACGGCUAGGUUUCGUGUGACAUACAAAGCCGAUAAGGGUAGAUAUGUAGUGUCUGUGUUUGAAGAGACUCAUAACCAUGAAUUAACAUCAGCUAGGUUUGUGCACUUACACCCAGUUUAUCGUAAAAUUAGUGAAGCAGAUAGAGCUCAGGUUGAUGGUAUACAGUCACGUGGAAUUAGAACUUGUCAUAUUAUAGGGUACAUGGUUGCUCAGAAGGGUGGAUAUGGUGGUGUUGGGUUUACGAAGAAAGAUCUUUACAAUUUUUUUGAUAAAAAAAUGUGUGAUAUUGUUAAAGAUGGUGAUGUUGCCGCAUCGCUACAUUAUCUUAAUGCAAAGUCAGCUACUGAUCCCAUGCUCUACGCUGAAUAUGCUGCUGACAGUAGUAAUGGACGGAUGAAGUCUCUUUUUUGGGCUAAUGGGACCAAUGAAACCACGGAGACAUAUAAGUGGGUGUUGAAUUGUUUUUUGGAGUGUAUGGAAAAUAAACGCCUAAAAGCUGUGGUGACAGAUGUAGAUGGGGCUAUGAGGGAGGCUAUAAAAGAGGUUUUCCCCGAUUCGACCCAUCGGUUAUGUGCCUGGCAUUUGAAUAAGAAUGCAGGUGAGAAUGUGAAGAAUUCAGGUUUUUUGAAGGGAUUUAAAAAAGCCAUCUUCUCAAAAUUUUCAAAGGAUGAUUUUGAAGAGUAUUGGUCAGAGAUGAUUAAAGAAAAUGGAGUUGAAUGA